CUAAUCGCAGCGGGCGCCACACACCUCAGGAAGGUAGCAAUUUUCCAUCAUUACCGUUAAAUCCUGCUCAAAAGAACCGGAUUCGCGAGGCCUAAUUACAAGGUGUUAAUAAUAACAAUGUAAUGACAGUCAUUUUAAAGCCUGCCCAAAACCAUAAUCCAUCUCCCAACUGACUCUCCCAUUUAAGUGUGUGGUUUCGGUAAAGUGUUAUUUGAAAUUUUGAAGCACCGUGAUUCUUAUUGAUUACCAUUGUGAUUACUCUCACAAUGGUGUGUCAGGUCCUGCAUGUUAGGGCUUGAAUUAGGAGCUCCGUCAGCUUUUGUUAGGUGGAAAUACAGCUCUUCAGAUGUCACACUGAUGCUUUUCAUCCCGGUGCGGCGGAUCCUCGGAGAGACAGCCAGGACAAUCCGCCAGCCUAAUUGCAGGAUGAAGUAGACAGGGGAUUGAUUUACUUAUGUUAGUAGGGUUUCCUCCACAAAAUACCAGGCCUCAGUCUCAUGCAAAAUCCAUGUGCAUUAAUUCAGGACAUCAAGCAGGACUAUUUUCUUGUGCGUUCGAUGUCAGCUAAGCGUGUGCAGAGUGAAUAAAGUACGGCAUGGCGCUGUUAGUAAUUAUGAUUAAAGCUGUGAGAGCUUUUGUGAACAGGGAAACAGUCUUCUCCCUGCAUAAUUACUGCUAAAUGAGGCUGAUGUGCAGCUGACCUGCUGUCUAGUAGGGGGGGUGUGGCACCACAGGGAUCCCGUCCAGAGACCCAAGCACGUCGUCCAAUCACAAGCCUUCCCCCAACCCCGGGAUCAGACUGAACUUCCCGACAGCCUCCCAAAGUUUUUUUUUUUUUUUUCCCCAACACAACUUUGAAACUACUUAACUCCGGAUUUGUCGUGUGGACGCUGCGUGUUUGCACUCCGUGACAAAAAGGGUAUGCGAUUUCUGGAUUGGAAUUAGAAAUCGAUCCCGGCCCUGAAAGAGGAAGAAGAAGGAAAGGAUGCAUUCCCCUGGAGACUGUAGAGACGAGUUUUCAACAGACGAGGAGGCAGACGCGCCGCGGCCGGAGAAGCGCGCGGCGCAGGUGUCCUGCCUGCCCUUUAGCGUGGACGCGCUCAUGUCGGACAGGAGGCCGCUGAAUGCGACGGACACGCCAGAUGGGAAAUCCUCUUUGCCCGAUGAACGGCCGCACAGGCCGGAUGUGCUUUCCCAACAAUUAGUAUCUGUCAAAUCAGAGCCUUUGGAAGGAGGGGACCGUGCUUCCUGGAUGUCAACACCACCCCGGCAGCUCAGUCCAGCAGUGUGCUCCUUGAGGAAGCACAAAACCAACCGCAAGCCUCGCACCCCCUUCACCAGCACGCAGCUCCUGGCCCUGGAGAGAAAGUUUCGUCAGAAGCAGUACCUGUCCAUCUCCGAGCGGGCCGAGUUCUCCUCCUCCCUGUCGCUGUCCGAGACCCAGGUCAAGAUCUGGUUCCAGAACCGGCGAGCUAAAGCCAAGAGGCUUCAGGAGGCCGAGGUGGAAAAAGUCAAAAUAGCCGCCGGCAUUGGGCCCAAAGCUGUAUUCCACCCGGGCUUCCCGUCCUUAGGUUUUCCCCUUAGUGUUAACCUGCAGGCUGGAUCAGCAGCCCUUUACGGACUGGGCUGCUCAUACGGCCGCAGCCCCAUUUUCCCCGCUGCACAUCUGGCCGUGUACGCCUCACAGGUCGGCCACAGCCUGUUUCACCUCUCCUGAGAGGAAACAGCGUUGUACAGACAACGCGACCUGGAUGUGUUGAAAAAGAGGACAAGAGUGAAUUGUGAAGUCAUGCACCUUUUAUAAAAGACUUGAUUAAGGGCCUGAAGUGGAGCUGAAGCUUUGUGAUGUUCACUGGUCUUGAGUUACAAGGAGAAUUUAUAAAUGUCCUUUUACAAGGAUACGGCAUCAAGAUCCGUCUUUGCUGAUUCAGCAGGUUUCACUGAUAAUGAAUGGAAUAUUGAUACCAGAUUGUAUUUAUUGUAGCCUUUUUGAUUCUAUUCCCUGGAUCAAUCCAGCAUUGGCAAUCAUAUUUUUACUUGUCAGCCUUGAAUUUGCAGGGAUAUUGUAUGUAAUACUGCUCUCAGAAUAAUAAGAAGGGACAAAUGGAGAAGGACAUUUUGGCCUGGUGAUGUGCAGGCUUGCUUUAACCCUGGUGUUGUCUUCCCGUCAAAAUUGAACAUCAACAUCAACAAUUUUGUUGACGCUUUUUUUCAAUGUUUGUCACGUUUUAUGAUGUCAACACUAUGUAACACUAUAUUAUUAACUUUAGUUUUACAGUUAUUUUUGAAAUUCAUGGUCAAUAAACCUCAUUUAUAGGAAAUGAUAUCUUAUGUUUGAGUUAGAAAAGCAGAAAUUAGGAAUUAUUUCGUCUAAAAUUAAAGGAAUGUUUUUUGAUGGAUGAUCACCGACUGGAAUAUCUCAACUUUUACUCAAUACUAUUACGAAAAACACUUCAAUUUUUUUUUUUCCAAAUGCUAUAAAAUUGAAUAAGACACCCCAAAAUUAAUGAAAGUAGAGGUUUGUACUUGCCAAAGAGCGUUGUGUGGAAUCAAUCAUGUUAUUUUGGGUAAUUAAAAAGAACAUUCAUAUGUGAAUUUGACCCGAGGACAACAUGAGGGUUAAAGCCAAAGCAUCCCCAAUGUCACAUUUAUUCAUGACAGCCCUUCAUUUACAUCAUGGUGCAUAUCUACAUAUUUAAAAGUAUAUAUUGAAUUUGUUUAACAUGACAUUAAAACUUGU